AUGCAGGGAGGAAACCGAGAGACAGACCACGCCAGCCAGAAAACCAAGGAGGAACCUCCUGUCUCAGCCCUGUUUCUUCUUAUUUACAUUUUUUCAGUGGUGGGGAACACUUUAGUGAUGAUUGUAAUAAUUUUGGAUCUUCUUGUUCUUGGGUUUCCACUGGCAUUUAUCGUGGGAGGUUACUGCUGUAUCGGUUAUUCUUUGUCAAAAAUUUCUACAUUUAGGGAAAGAGUGAAAGCUUUUAAAACCUGCACAGGUCACCUUUCAUUAGUGGCAAUUUAUUUCCUUCCUAUUAUAUUUGUGUAUGUUUUUUGGCCUGUAAUACAUCCAAAUGCAAGGAUCAUAAACCUUUCUAUGACCAGUGUCAUGCCUCCCAUGUUAAACCCAAUAAUCUAUGCUCUUCAGACACAGGAAAUCAAAGAAUCAUUGAGAAGAUUGUUGAAAGCUAGAGUGCAGGCUAAAUUGGAAGUGUUUAGACUUAAAACUUUGUAG